AUGAAGCAAAUUGAAGAUGAAGCAGAAGAGGACUCGGACUCAAACGAUCCUGAUACCCAUCCAGACUUUAUCGACGAUGCUGAUUCCGACGAAGAGGAAGACAGUGAUGACAAAUCUGAUAACUCGGAUGAAGAGAAUGACAGUGAUGACGAAUCCGAUAAUUCAGAUGAGUCUGACGAUUUCAUCGCAGAAGAAACUUUGAUUGUCAUUCCUUCCAUCACUAUGUCCAACGAUAGUACUUCUUCUCGAAAUGAACUCCAGUCGAAGCAUGAAGUAGAAGCGUCCAUCUCAGAUAACCAGAAAAAUCAUUCUUCUCAUAAUUCGAGGCCCAAGCGGGCCGUUAGAGCUCCUGCACGGUACAAGUCGGCUCAUGCUGAGGCUGGAUCAUCUGAGGAGAUGCUCGCUUUGGAGUCGGCCAGGGUUGAGAAGGCGGUACAGGAGUUGAAGACGAAAACCAAGAGUUUUCAGAAGAAACUUAACUUAGGUUGCUUACAGAGAUUACCCAUUGCUGGACGGUUUGCUUUGAGUGAGCAUUUAUAA